AUGGUCGAUGAUGCCGCGACAGGGACCCUGCCAGGCCGAUCGAUCCCUCUCGAGGAUGAACAACUGGAUGGCAGAGGACUUCCGGAGCCGUCGCAGCAAGUCGACGACCCGGAAGUUAGAAACGCUAGGAGGAGGAGGCGACGGAAACAUCGGAAGAUCAACCCGGGCCUGGCAAGGAAGUUUGACUUCAUGACCCAACUGCUACGGAACCUGGAUGCCUUGGUCUACGCGGAGCUUUGCACUCUAUACUACAUGGAAUGUUCCAUUUUCCGCUUCGCGGUCCGCGUAUAUGGACAACAUCAUUGGCUUACACCUAAACCCGAUGACUACCCGUUGACGAUGGAGGCGGCCCGGUCACAGGUCAUUUCGCUGGUGAAGCUGCCCGCGGAUAUCUUCACGGGGGUGUGA